AAUUUUUCGGCAUUGCGUUUCAAAUUUUAUGGACGAAAGUGGAAGGGUUACGGAAAGUGUAAUACUCGAUUGAGAUUAGUCGAUUUCUUUAUGCUUACAUUUUACAUCCUUAUGGAAUUUUAAUCUUCCAAUUUAGUUCCUGGAGAGACAUUAAUGACAUUAGAACCAGUGAACGUCUUCUGAUAACCGUGCUGAGAAUCAACCAUUACGAAUAUUGUAUAAAAAAGAAGAUCGUAUAUUUAGUGUCGCGUCUAAGAUUAAAUAAUUUUUAUCAUCAAACUUUAAAAUGGAUCUUCUUCAAUUGAGAAAUUUUCGAGACUUUCUUCUUGUAUAUAAUCAAAUAUCAGAGACUUGCUUCAAGAGAUGUGCUGAUACAUUCCUUACUAGAGAAAUAACUUCUAACGAGGAUUUAUGUAUAAAAACUUGUACAGAGAAGCAUAUACAUGCAAAUCACAAAAUUAUGGAAUUAUAUAUGGAAAUCCAACCUAUUCUAGUUCGUAAAAGAAUAGAAGAAAUGAAUAACAAUCAAGCAACAAUAAUGGCACAAUCAGAAGAUGAACAGAAAGUAGGAACAACUAUAAGAUAAAUUAUAAUAAUAUAUUUAUUUGUAUAAAAAAUUGUACUUUCUUUAUCUAUCAUAUGUAUCCACAUCUUUACUUACAUCUUUAAUAUCAAAUUUAAAUAAAACAAAAAUUUCAUUACUUUGAAUAGGAAAAAUAUCUAUGGAAUUUAAAAUACAUCACCGUACUUAUAUAGUAAUAUGCAUUCUAAUUAAAAUUAAAUUUAAGAUUAAUCAUCAUAUACAUCAGUAACAAUUAUAGUAUAAUAACAAACUUAUCAGAUUAUUAUGACUGUAAUAUUUCAAAAAAAUUACAGAUUAUAUAAGCAUUGAUUUAUUAAGAAUUUGUAUACACAUAAUAUACACACACAAUAACAUUAUAAUUAGGAACAUACUAGAUAGAAAGUUUCAAAUUUGAUAAUUAUCUCUUUUGGUACUUCAAAUUUUGAGAAAACUAUUAAAAUAUAGUUUUGUUUAUAUGCAAAUAAUUAUAUUAUAUAACUGUAGUUCAGACAUGAAAAACACAAGUUGAACUGAUAUGAUAUCGUAAAAUAGAACAUGCUUCUUAUAUAUAAUUGUCAAUAAAAUAUAAUUGCAUUUGUUUUAUGAAAAUUUAAUAAACUAAAAUAGAGGCUAUAAA